CAUAGUGCCUAAUAAUAGAGCCUUGGGUCCUCUGUAAACAGGUUGCAGCCUGUAGCUGGGAGCCUGGUAACCUCUGAUUCUCUCAUGCCUCUGGAUCUCUGGCCUCAGUGCUCUCUGUGCUCUUAGAACUCUGGUUUUAGGCCUCAGUAGGAGUCAUAGGUGUAACUGCUUCUGCUGAGAAGUAGAUUGGGUCCAAGAAGCUAGAAGUGCAGAUUCUAGCUGGGGUCACUGUAGAUCUGUCUCUCUGACUCAGGGUCAGAUUGUGGGUUAGGACAGACUUAAAUCCUCUCCUGGGGGUUGGUUUACACAUAAACGACUUCAGUGCUGGGAAGCUCUGAAACAACACCAACAUGCUGUCCAGAGAAUUAUCCAUGAGAAUACCUUUCCAGAGGCACAUUCAGGAUUUUGAUCAACGUGUGUGGGUCCUUCAGGGCCAGACCCUCACAAUGGUCCCAAGGAAGGCAAAUGUGGUUCCAGUCACUGUUGAUUUAUAUCCAUGCAAACAUCUGGAGACUCUUGAGAAGGGCAGAGGGGAUCCCAUGUACCUGGGACUGAAGGAGCCACAAUUUAGCUUGUUCUGCACUAAGGCUGGGGAACAGACUGUGCUGCAGCUUAAUAAAAAGAAAAUAAAGGAUCUGUAUGAUGAACCCCAGCCUGAGAAACCCUUUCUCUUUUAUCACAAAGAAGUUGGCAGCACCUCAACCUUUGAGUCUGCAGCCUUCUCUGGCUGGUUCAUUGCCACUGGCUCCAACGGAGAAUGUCCAAUCUUUAUGACCCAAGAAGUGGGGAAAACUCAUGUCACUGAAUUUGUGUUGACUACAUUGAGCUAAGGUUUCUGAAUUUUCAGAUACAAUGCCCUGUGGUUAAAGCAAGACCUUUUGGAUCCUGACAAGAAGAACCAAAUAUAGAAGUCACAACAAAAAAGAGAAACCAAAAAGAAAGCUGAGCUCUUUCUUGGCUGUAUUUUCAUGGUGGUUUGGAUGCAGAACUGCUGAUGUUCAUGAUGUCUUCAUCCAGAGCACUACCACUGGGUUUUAGAAGGAGAUAACUUUAUGGAAUAAAUAUUUUUUUAUUUCAAUUUCCCUGUUAUGAACAGAAUGGCUUUAAUGGAAAGUCUUGAACUGAUGAAGAGCUUUAGAGUUUGUAAAGGAAGUUCACAUGACAUCUCUAAUCCUUAAGAGGAAUCCAUGUUUGUUUUUGUUUUUGUGGUACCGGGGAUCGAACUUGGGACCUUGUGCUUUAGAGGCAGAUGGCAGAACCACUGAACUAAAUCCUCAAAGUUGGAAUCCAUAAGUUUGUUGGGGACUGUGUAUCUUUUUAAACCAGGUUCUCCUAAGCCCAAAUACUGGCAUGGGUGGGACAAAAAGGGCUCUGUUUAUAGAAACUAUUCUCUAGAUUUCAUCGUACAAUGGAGAUGCAUGGCCAAUUGGAAACUCUCCUGCCCCACUCUAGAAAGUCUCCUGUGGAUUUUUCAUGUAAGUUCACAAAGCAAAAGCUGAUACUGAGGCAGGAGUUUAGGGCAUGGCAGGCUACCUGGAAAGCUGGAUACAACCUGAAAAUUACAAAGAACUGGAAGGGAGGCAAAACAGCAGCAUGUAACUUGUCAAUCAAGGAAAGCUGUCAAGACAUGUACAGACAGCUUCAGAUGGAUUGGAUCUGAACAGAUAUAAAAGACAGCAAUGACCGACUUCAGAAUUGCUGCUGUCUUCCUGUUUCUGCAGUGGCUUGAUUUGCAUGCAGAAU